CGCACGAGAACGCAACAGAGCCAGAAGGUGGAGUAGAAGGAGGAGCGCGCGAGAGUCCCGUUCCAAAUAACGCACUCACACACAAGCGCACGCGACAGCAGGAGGAGGAGCGCGAGCCGAGUCCGGCACAUAAGCAGGCGCGCGCCCGGGUGUGUGUGUGUGUGUCUCUGCGGUGCAGAGCUGGAACACAGCAGCAGCUUCUCUCUGUUUUAUUCCUUCUGCUUUUCUUUCUUUUUUGUAUCCGCCGGAGGGACUGGAGCCCUUUGUGCUGUUAUUCUUCUCAGCGCGCGCGCACUUUUUACUUCUAUUUAUGAUUGAAGUUGAACUUGGCGACAGGACCUGAGAUUCGCGCACAGACUUUUUCUGCCUGGUUUCCUUUGUCACACACCAUGCAGCUCGUGCAGCCCGAGACGUCUUCUGUCUGCAUCUAAACAGUUUUAUAAAGUUUUCCCUGUGUGUGCGCGGUGCAGGGGGAGAAGUGGAGGACUUAAACACACACACUAGUGAUCUGAGAAGCGCGACAUCACAAGCGGCGGCGGCGGCGCGUUUCUGCCACGUUCACGCACAGCAGUGGAGACGCGAUGAGCGCCGAGGUUCUCCCCACAAGCCCGCUCGCCCUGGUGGACUACGUCAACGACUUCGACUUGCUCAAGUUCGACGUGAAGAAAGAAUCGCUGCACGGAGUAGUGAACGGCGGUGGCGCGCGCGCGUGCCCCUCGCGCGUGCAGCAGCCCCAGGGCUCGGUGUCGUCGACUCCGCUUAGCACGCCGUGCAGCUCCGUGCCCUCGUCACCCAGCUUCAGCCCCACGGAGGAGCACAAGAGCAACCUGGAGGAGCUCUACUGGAUGCCCGGUGGCGGCUACCCGCAGCACGUCGACCCUCACGCGCUCGGCCUGACGCCCGAGGAUGCCGUGGAGGCCCUGAUCGGUCAUGCUCCUCCACCGCACGUGCAGCAGCAGCAACAGCAGUUGCAGCAAGGUGGAGGUGGUUUUGAGGGUUACAGAGCUAGCAUGCAUCAUCACCAUCAUCACCAUCAUCCUCACGCGCAGCACCAUCCUCAUGCGUAUGCAGGACUUCAGCAGCACCCAGACGACCUGCACCCUCACACGCAGCAGCAGCAGCAUCCUCAUCAGCACCACAGCCAAGAUCCGGACAGCCCGUCUCCGACCUCUCCUCAGCUCCAUCACCAUCGCCAUCAUGCGCAGCACACCAACCAUCACGGCCAUCACGCUCACCACCACCAUCACGGGGAGCAGCAGCACCACAGCAGCAGUAGUGGCAGCGCGCUGAGCAUCCUGAGUGUCGAGGAUCGCUUUUCAGACGACCAGCUCGUCUCCAUGUCUGUACGCGAGCUCAACCGGCACCUGCGCGGCUUCUCCAAGGACGAGGUGGUGCGUCUGAAGCAGAAGAGGCGCACGCUGAAGAACCGUGGCUACGCGCAGUCCUGCCGCUUCAAGCGCGUGCAGCAGAAGCACAUCCUCGAGAGCGAGAAGACGCAGCUCCUCAACCAGGUGGAGCAGCUGAAGCAGGAGAUCGGACGCCUGGCGCGAGAGCGGGAUGCCUACAAACUCAAGUGCGAGAAGCUGACAUCAGUGGCUGCGGGUUCGAGCGCCGGAGCGGGCGGGUUCCGCGAGGCGGGUUCCACCAGCGACAACCCGUCCUCACCAGAGUUCUUCAUCAUUAACACUCUCAAUUGUUCAGGAUGGAAAAAAGACAUUUGAAUCAAUGACGCUAAGAGAGAGAAAGCACACAAGAGAUAUAGGGAGAGAGAGAUAGGGAGUGAGAGAGAAAGGGAGAGAGCGGGGGAGAGAGAGAGAGAGAGAGAGAGAGAGAGAGAGAAAGAGGACUUUGGACUUUGUUGUUUUCUUUGGACUUCUCCCUCUUGGGUCAAAUAUGUCAAUUUUUUGAGAACAAGACCGUAUGCAAAACUUUUAUGCAACAUCUCAUCGGUUUAUUGCCUGCCUGGUUAAAGAAAAUAAAAAUACAAAUAUAAUGCAUUAAAAUAUUAAUCCUGCAUGCUGGACAUGUACGGUAAUAAUUUCUAUUUUGUACUUUCUUGUUUAUUUUUUCUUCUUAGUGUAUCUUAAUAGCAUGUUGUUGAUCUUUUUUUCCUCUUUUCUUCCCAUCAAUGAUGUUUCUGGGAUUUUUAGACAUGAACCAGUGGCCACAUCAUGCGUUACGACGCCGUUCGUUCGUUCGUUUGUUUGUUUGUUUGUUUUAUUUGUUUGGGGCUUGUAAAUACAUGCAACAGCAAAAAAAAGGCAUUUGCAAGUUAAAAAAAAAAAAAAAAACGAACGACUCGAGCGGAGAUUUGGGAACUUUUCAUUUUUGUUUGAAGAUUUCGGGGCAUUUGAUGUUGUUUUGUUAUUAUUUUAUUUUUGCGACAAAAGUUAGAUAAGUUUGUAUAUGAAUAUUAAGUGCACUUUUUUCAAUUUUCUUUUUAUUUUGAGUUUUUUUUUUUUUUUUGUAGAACAUCCUCAAGGAAGACAUAACAAGAUACACUCUUGUGUUCGACUCGAUACGUUUUGCCUUUGUGUCGAAGGUCGUGCAAAAAAAAAGGAAAGCCAAAUGUACGAUUUACACACACACACACACACUAUGAAAUUCCUUGAGGAGCAGUUUCCCGCUGCGCAGACGCCGGAGUAAAGCGCUGCAUGUUUUCCUGCGUGCUUUAUGCACCGGAGCUGCUCGUGUUUCCUUUUUCAUGUCGACUCGAAGCAGGAAAUGCAGUUUAGUGGCGUUGCAUAAUCCACACGCCUGUUAUAUAAUCCGAACAAAUAUCUACAAGUCUCUUCGUUUUUCACUAUAAAUGUUAUUAUUUUCUCGUCUUGUCAUGUUUUCUGAAAAUGUUCACAGUUUUAAAAUAGAAUCAGAGCAAUUAUAAUUCUGUCAAUUUCCUAAAAUCAGGGUUUUGAUUAAUUUUUGUUUGUUUGUUUUUUAAUUAUUUUUUCAUUUUCUUCUACCGAGUUUAAGCGACAUUUGUUUAAUGUUUUCCUGUAUUUUUUUCUGCCGGUCAGUUAAAAAAAGGGAUUCAGGUUUUGCAAAAUCUCAAAAUGAAAAAAAAAAAAAAAAAAUUAUGAUUUUCUGAGAUUCUGGUUCUGCUGGCCAGAUUCAUUAUAGUUAUGUUUUUAUUUUUUAAUGAUUAAAUUAACAGAACUUGUCAGAUCAUAUUGAGUAAAAGCAUGGUGCUUGCAUUUAAGAAUUAUUGUUGAAAAAAAAAAAAAAAGAAACGUACAAAAAAAAAAUUUAAGAAAGUCAUUAAAUCUUGUUCUUUUUUUUAAGUUACUGAUUCAACUGUGUUGAAAUCAGAUCUGAAACUGCAGCAGCGGGUUGUUGUUCUGUUGGUUAAUUUCCUGACUUAAUGCAAGGGAAUCAAUUUUCAAUCCUGUUUAUAUAUAAAAUAAAUGAGAAAGAGAAAAGUUGUUAAAUUUGAACUUCCAUUCAGGCUGGUUUCUGUUUCAUCUUGGGUUUUUUUCAGUUGUUUUAUGGAAAAAAAUUGUUUCCUAUUUUGCUUAUUAAAGUCAUUGAAAUGGCAA